AUGGCAGCUGUACACCCUCUCGACCCCCUCACUCCCCAGGAAAUCACCCUGGCUGCACACAUAGUACGCAACAACUUCCCAGGUCACAGCUUGAUCUUUCGAGUUAUCGCACUAUGGGAACCACCAAAGAAAGAACUCAUACCAUACCUCGAAGCUGAAAGACUAAAAGAGCGACUCCCAACUCCUCCGCUGCGUAUCGCUCAAGUCCUCUUCUACGUGGACAAGGCGACGCAAUACUGCUGUGGUCAGGUCGAUUUGGCACAAAAGAAAGUGACAGAAAUAAAGAAUCUAAAUGGUCACCAUGCCUACGUCGACGCUGGGGAGAUGAAGAAGUGUGAGAAGGCGUGUUUGGAUGAUUCGCGGGUUCAGGCUGUUAUCAAGGCUUUACAAUUACCUGAGGGAGCUGUGGUUGUUUGCGAUCCAUGGACCUAUUCCCCUGAUGGGAUGAACGAUAUGACACGGCGUUGUGUUAUGUGCUUUUUCUACGCGAAAUUAUCACCUCAUGGAGAUGCAAAUCACUACGCGUACCCUUUGGAGUUUGUUGCUGAGCUGUCGGAUGAGUUGAAGGUCAUGCAAGUCUUAAAGGUCCCCUCAGGCAUGAAUGACAAGAUGACCACGGCGGACGCAAGUACACUGAGACCAUUCGACAGGGCCAAGAUUCACACAACCAGCGAAUAUCAUCCCGAUUUGUCUACAGAGCGCAGGGCAACCGUCAAACCUUUGACUGUCUCUCAGCCACUCGGUCCAUCAUUCCAGACGUCCGGAAAUCUGGUGGAUUGGGAGAAAUGGAGAUUCCGGGUUGGCUUCAAUUAUAGAGAAGGCCUUGUCAUUCAUGAUGUUACGUAUGAUAACAGGAGGGUCUUUCAUAGACUCUCGAGUUCUGAAAUGUUUGUUCCUUACGGCGAUCCUCGAAGCCCUUAUCCUCGUAAGGCGGCGUUUGAUUUUGGAAACAAUGGUGCUGGAGUCAAUGCCAAUAAUCUUGGGCUUGGAUGUGAUUGCUUAGGGCAUAUCAAAUAUUUCCAUUUCUGGCACCACACCAACGACGGUGUACCAACCAAAAUGUCAAACGUCGUCUGCUGCCACGAAAUCGACGACGGUAUCCUAUGGAAACACACCAACUACCGCACAGAUAAUGCCGUUGUCACUCGAUCUCGUGUACUCGUGCUGCAGACCGUCAUCACGGUGAGUAAUUACGAGUACAUCUUCGCCUUUCAAUUCAACCAAGCAGCAGAGAUAUCCUAUGAAGUUCGAGCUACGGGCAUUCUAAGUACAGCUUUUAUAGACAGAGGGGAUUCCGUCCCGUUUGGAACGGUUGUUGCUCCUGGAGUCAUGGCGCCGUAUCAUCAGCACCUCUUCUCCCUUCGUAUUGAUCCUGCCAUUGACGGGUAUGAGAAUUCCGUUAUGGUGGAGGAAUCUCAUCCCAUGCCCAUAGAGGAUCCUAGAAGCAUGACCAAUAUUGGGUAUAUCACGACUAACAAAUUCGUCGAGCAUGAAACACCCCUGGACACAGAUAAUCGUGUGGGACGUGUAUUCAAAAUCAUCAACGAAAAGAUCAAAAACCCCGUCACUGGGGGUCCUGUGGGAUACAAACUCGUACCACACUACUCACAGAUGCUUCUUGCACAUCCCUCCUCAUACCACUCUAUCAGAUCUGAAUUCGGCAACUAUCCGAUCUGGGUGACUCGACAUCAUGACGAUGAGCUCUUCGCGGCUGGAGAGCAUACUUUACAAUCCACGACUGGAUCUGGACUUGCGACUUGGAUCAAGUCACGCAAGGAUAACCAACCGGAAAGUGUUCGGAAUCAGGACCUUGUGGUAUGGCACACGUUUGGUACGACGCAUAAUCCUAGAGUGGAGGAUUGGCCGGUUAUGCCGGUCGAGAAGAUGACGGUUACCUUGAAGCCUGUGAACUUUUUCAGUCGCAAUCCGGCAUUGGAUGUGCCGAUCUCCAACCAGGCUGAUAAUAAGAGUGUGUUGGUUGAAGAUGAGGCUGAGAAGAGUGCUUGCUGUGGAACAACAGCUCGUCUAUGAAAUGGGAUUUCGAUUGAAACGCAAUUGAUGCUAGCAUUAGCCAUUACACAGAUAUAGACCAAUAGUUGUUCUCAUUGAG